AUGGGAAGUAAAAGGCGGCGAUUGGAAGCACCUGCAGAAUCACGACCACGCAAUCGCAACGCGAGCGACGCGUCGCAACAUGACGUCAGGAAGAAGGCAAAGACAGCAGUGACGCAACUCCAAGCGUCGACAGUCAAGACAGUGCCGAAGACACAGGAAAAGGCAGGACGUCUAGCGAGACCGACGGCUCUGGCCAACUCGAACUGGAAAGCGCGGAAGAGCUCGAUCUUGCAAACGGAGAAGCGUCGUGGACCUGGACCUCGAUCGGACCGGAAGCAUGACUUGGACGUGAAGGUCCAGAAGAUGCGGGUGAAGCAGGCGAAGCAGGAGAAGAGGGUGAAGGCUCGGGUGGCUGAAUGGGUGGACAACGCCCGAGUCGUCGCGAUGGACUGCGAGAUGGUCGGAGUCGGCCUCUCGGGCAAGACAAGUGUACUUGCACGUUGCAGUAUCGUGGACUACGAGGGCCAAGUGCUGUACGACAAGCACGUGCGGCCCGUGGAAAAGGUCACUGAUUUCCGGACGCAUGUGAGCGGCAUUCGCUCCAGUUCGCUUCGCAAUGCUAUUUCGUUUGCGCAGUGCAUCAAAGAAGUGGGCAAACUCGUGCAGGGCAAGAUCGUUGUCGGCCACGCAUUGAAGAACGACUUUCAGGCGCUCAUGUUCACGCCGCCGAAGCACCUGCUUCGGGAUACCGCUUUGUACCGACCGUACAUGCGUCGGAAAAUCAAUGGCACAAAACUGUAUCCCAAGUCACUGAAGAACUUGGCCGAAGAGGUGCUCGGCAAGCAGAUUCAAGGUGGACAGCACGACUCGGUUGAAGAUGCGCGAGCGGCCCUAGAGCUGUAUAAACACGAGCAGUACGCGUGGGAAAAGUAUCUACGCACGGCCAAGAGCAGCAAGUCGUUGGUGGGCGUGGCACCUGUUUUGCCAGAAGAAAAGGACGUGACCAAAGACGCUUUGGAGCUGCUGUCUGGUACUACUGCCCAGUGUUUUGUCGACAGUGAUGACGAAGGCACAAGCUCGAAACGACGCACUAGGACUGUUCCAGAUUCAAAGGAGCUCGCUCUUCUGGAAUACGGCGAGUAG